AUCCCAAAAUAGUAACCGUAAAGAAACGAGAGAUACAGAGGGAGUAAAUAAUAUAGCCAAGCCUUUCACUCUAUAGUUUCCAACACACAUUUACUCCUACUACUGAAGAUUGUACUUGGAGUUCCAUUCUGAUAAAUCCAUCUUUGUUGUUCAAGAUUUACCAAGGAGAUGACGGCGGCAACCAAGGGCACCUCAAUGCUGUAUACAAUGAGAAGUCAUUAUGAUGAACUCGAUGAGACCUUCCGACAACAUUUAAAUGACUCGCAAGAUUCGAGAUGUCUCUUGAAUCUUCUCGAGUUUCCGGGGGUAGAAUUAAUGCCCGCCCUGGUGUGUUAUUUUUUAAAAUUCUACAACAUAACAGAAAAUGUGUUUUGCUUCAAUGGCCAAGUACUAUCCAUUUCUUUGGAGGAUGUUUUGUUUCUCACUGGUUUGCCCAUUGAUGGUGAUGCGGUUAUUAGUAAUGACAACCGGGACGUUGAUGGUUUUCGUCGUGUUUUCCAGUUGGAAAAUGAAAAAAACAAAACUUUUAAAGAACUGAAAAAGGUAGCAAAAGAUGUUAACUUGGACAAUGAUACAAGAAAGAAGGCUGUCCUAUUGUUGAUGGUUAGAUGUUUCAUAGUGCCCAAUUGUAACGGGCAUACGGUUACUACUACUUACCUUCGGUUUAUUGAAGAUCUUAGUCGGGUUGACUCGUAUGCAUGGGGAGCGGCGCUGUUGGCCUUUCUCUACCAUGCCAUUGCCGAGUGGAAAAAGGAAACAAGUGCAAAGAAGACCCUCGAGGGGAAUACUUGGGUAAUAUUGAGUUUUUUCAUAUUACGGAUCCCGAAACUUCGGAUGGCGCUUUCCAUCGAUUUGAAUCUAAGCCAGUUACGUAUUCCUUUCAUGCUCCCAAUUGUGAAUCAGGUGAAGAGAAUUUCUCGCAAUCAUAGAGCAAAUUAUGAGGAAGUCCUCGAUAACAUAUUUCUUAAUCUCUCACAUGUUGAUGUUGAAUGGACACCUUAUAUCAGGUCUUACCAUCCACAACAAAGAUUUGGAACUCGUGUUGGUCCCAUUAUAUGCAAUAAUUUUGUGGUUCAUCAUCAACCACAUAUUGCAUAUAAACAAUUCCCGGUUUUUAAACUAUACUAUCGUAAGAGCCUGGAUUGGAAGCCUUAUGACAUAAAGUUCAAGAAGAACAGCGGAAGCAGUUCGCAAAACUUGUUAAAGCAUUACAAGAAGGAAUUUGAAUGGUGGAAAGCCAAAAAACUCGCCCAAGAACUCAUGAAAGAAAAGAAUCCCGUUCUCUGUAUUUCUAAGCAGGAGCCUCUAGUUUCUGAAGAGCUCAUCCACAACAAAGAGGAGGAGCAAUUUGAUUAUUCAGACAAUGAGCAGCAACAGAAGGGACCUCAAUUUGUCUCAGGAUCCGAGCAUGUCUCCCCCAACGAUGCUGAACAGCCAGAGGAUUCUCCGGUUCAAGACAACUUCCGUGAGCAACUGCAUAAAAGAUCUAUUGAAGAAAGUUGUGACUGUACUACAUCUGAAUUACAAUGGGUGGGAUUAGAUGAUCGUAUAUCGAGGUUGGAAAAUAUUUUUAAUGAGAUUAAAAGUGCCAAACUCUGUGGAACAUCUGGAGUAAAAUUAGAAAUGUAGUUCUUGACACAGCAUAUAUGCGUUUUGCUAGUUGAUUAUUGUUAAUUACUUUUGUUAAGUAAAAUUUUUUCUUGCUUCCUCCA